UCAUUUCAUUAAUAUAGUUGAAUGGAAAACCUUAUGCAAAACGCUACAAACGAGCUGCAGAAAUAUUAAAAUAUCCUUUUCCAGGACUAUUCAGUCGAUUGAAAGUGAAAUCAAAAGUCGAUCCUUUCAAAGAAAUAGAAAAAUAAGUUGAAAUAUCAGUUCCAGACAUGAGUGAGGAGAAAUCAAAUCGAAAUACCUCAGUGAUCCAACACGUUGAAGCGGCCCUGUAUGUCCUUAAUCAAUUGUGCAUUGGCUUCGUGACCAUUUGGAUCAGUUGGAUGUGUUUGCGCCAGGGCCUGACUGGCAUACGCAUACAUGUGUGGCUGGUUACCUUUGGAUUUAUCUUUCUAAUGGCCGAGGGAAUGAUGUGCUUCUACGAGGGAAGCUGGCUGACUCUGCGCUACACUCGCAAAUACAAAACGGCCAUCCACGUCGUGCUGCAAGUGAUCGGUGGCGGUAUGGGUGUAGCCGGCUGUCUCAUCCAACUGAUUCGCGACAAAUGGUCAGUUGGAGUUACCACACAUGCCAGCCUGGGCUUUGCCGCCUUCAUCCUCUGCCUGAUCUCACUGCUGAGCGGACUGGCUGCCGUUCUGGCCCGUGCCAUGAGCAGGGCGGUGUCGCCGCUGGUCAACAAGACAUUCCAUGUGACGCUGGGCUUUGUUGCCUAUGUGAUUGCCAUGAUGGCACAAUACUACGGCUUUGCACAGACUAGCCUCUUCAAAGGACAGGGCGCGGACUUUGUUAUCCUCAUGCGAGUGGCCACGCUUGUAUCCAUGGUCUUAACCAGCAUAGGAGCCAUCAAAUCGUUGUACAAAAAAGUGCUCAGUUUCAAGAGUUGAUCUCGAUGCGUCUGCAAAGUUCUAUGUGGGUAGUGUAAUUGUUCCUUUUACAUAUUUUUACUUUAAGCUGUAAUAUUUAUAUACUUUAGAUUAAAAAUAAAAUAACUAAAACGAUGAUUAAAGAUUCUGCAACGCCAAA